AUGCCACCUAAGCAAAAGCAGGAGGGUGGCAUGAUUUUAAGAGGUGGUGCCAUGAUGGAUGAUUCAUACGAGGGAGCAGUUGCUGCAAGCACUACUGAGGCCCUACCCCAAACCAUGUCUUCCUCAGUCCUUACUAUCUCAAAGUUGGCAGGAAUGCUACAAAUGCUUAUGGAGAGGCAGGCCACCAGAGGGUCUAAGAAAGAAAAGCUGAAUAUUGUGCUGCUUGGGAAAACAGGGGAUGGAAAGAGCAGCACUGGAAACACCAUUCUGAACAAAGAAGCAUUCACUGCUGGGUUAUCAUCCAGCUCUACGACCCAAAAAUGUGAAUCAAAAUCAGGACAAAUACAUGGGAGGCCUGUAAAAGUGAUCGACACACCUGGAUUUUUUGACACUAAACUUCCAGAGGAUAAGCUGAGACGUAGAAUUGUGAAAUUUCUCAUUAAGUGUGCUCCAGGAGUUCAUGCCUUUCUCAUUGUACUUAAAGUUGGAACAUACACAAAACAAGAGAUGGAGGUGGUGAAAAAAAUAGAAAGAUCUUUUGGGGAAGAUGCACUCAAAUAUUCAGUGGUUCUUUUCACUCAUGGUGAUCAACUCGAUGAUGGUCAAACCAUUGAGGACUUUGUUAAGUCGAAUGUUGAGUUACAGAAGCUCGUGGAUAAGUGUGGGGGAGGCUGUCAUGUGAUUGACAAUAAGUACUGGAACCAGCAGCAAGAUGAGUACAGAACCAACAGUGUUCAGGUACAGAAACUACUGAAGACCAUUGAGGAAAUGUUAGGAAAGAAUGGUGGUAAAUGCUACACCAAUGAAUUGCUGCAGAGGAUUAAGAAAGACAUACAAACUGAGGAAAACAGAAAAGACACAGGGGAAAAGAGUGUGUUCAAGAAAUAUGUGACAAUAUUUGCAGGAGUAGCUAUUGGAGCACUGCUGGGUGCUGCUCUUGGAGCUGUAGCAGUAGAAGCAACAGGCUUAGCAGAGUGUGGACUUGCAGUAUGGGGAAUUCCAGUUGCAAAAGCGGCUGUUGGGGUAGCUACUGUCGUUGGAGCAGCAGUGGGGGGAGCGGUGGGGUGUGACGUAACAGAACAAACAGAAGGAGUGAGUGAGGGCAUAAAGACUGUAGUAAAAGAAAACUAUGGAAUUGCAAAAGAUAUUCUUCGGGAGUCUGUUGGACUGGCAUCUGUAUGUGCACAGCUGAAAGGAUGCUACACUUAA